AUGUCUACACAAGCGCCUAAAGACAUGGAAAGGGAAAGACAGUCCGUAUCAUUCAGUAUAGAAGCGCUUUCUCAUUUUUGGAUGGGUGGAAAAGAAAAGUAUAUACAAAGGCAAACUGCAUACGAUUACAUAAAACGUGAUCCAGAACUCGUAGUUCAACCACCAAGAAAUAUCUUGGACUUUACAAAGGAAGAAUGGCGAGAAUUGUACUUUGUUCGACUGCUUGUUCAACUAAAGGAGGAGUUAAAAGAUAACCAGGGCCUGUUUAAAGAAAUUGUCGAAGCUUCGUUCAACUAUUCCGAAAGCUUAUGCAUGCGAAACGGCGUUCAUGAAACACUGUUUCGCAGUGUAGUGGAGAUGAUGGGCAACAAUGACCAACGAUCCUACUGGGGCAAACUAUUGAACGACUAUAAAGUGAUUGGAUGUUUUGCCAUGACAGAACUAGGACACAGCUCUGCGCUACGUGGUAUUGAAACAACAGCGACAUUUGACAUUGAAACAGAUGAGUUUGUCAUUAACUCCCCUACUAUUACAUCUACUAAAUGGUGGAUUGGACUCGCCGGACAAACGGCCACCCAUGCUGCUGUCCUUGCACAAACGACUAUUCAUGGCAAGAACGUUGGCGCCAACUGGUUUAUUAUUCCUCUCCGAGACUCAGUCAGUGGUGAGCAGCUUUCAAAUAUUCGUGUAGGCGACAUAGGUACCAAAGUUGGUCAUCAAGGAACAGAUAAUGGUUGGAUUCAAUUUCAUAAAGCACGUGUGCCAAGGAAAAAUAUGAUGUCAAAAUGGGCCAGAAUCGAUCGUCAUGGCACAUAUCAACCUGCACCAAAUCCUGCUGUGAUGUAUGCUACGUUGAUACCCGAAAGACUGGGCCUGGUUGACGUGUCUACCACUUUAAUCAGUCAGGCACUUACAAUUGCUGUGCGAUAUGGCGUGGUGCGUCGUCAAGGUUCAAAGAACGAACAAAUUAUGGACUAUCAGUCACAUUAUGCAAAACUGAUCCCAGCUAUAUCGUUUAUGUAUAUGGUCAAAAGCUCGCUCAGAACAAUUUACCAGCAAUUUGGAAUUUUGACUGCUGGAGGAGAAAUUGAACAAAAGCUGUAUCUCAAUCAUAUGGGCGACGUGCACUGUAUGUCUGCGUCAUUGAAGGGUUUGUCCGGUAGUCUUUCAGCUAGUAUCUUAGAAGUGUGUCGUCGUUGCUGUGGAGGACACACCUAUUCUGCUUAUAAUGCUCUUGGUCAUCUAACAGCUGACUGGAACGUAAUGACAGUUGGUGGAGGUGAUGAUACUGUCUUACUGCAGCAGGCUUCCACCUACUUAUUGCAUCGUUUCAACCAGAAAAUAAAACACAAUACAUAUCCCGAAUUCAAAUACGAAAGCUCAACUUCAUACUUCACAUACGCUGAAGAGUUACUGGCUGCAAAAAUAUGGCAUGUGGAAGAAGUAGAUGAUUGCUUAAAAGAUCUAAAUCUGAUCCAGGAAGCAUUACAGGUCAUACUUGCAAAGAGACUCUUUAGCAUUCAGCAAGCACUUGAAAAUGGAGCUACUCAUAAUGAUGUUUUGCUCGAUGCCAAUAGAGUGGCAGAGCUUCAUUGCGCCACAUUCUUAUACUCGGACAAUGCAAGACGUUUUUCAGUCAUCAAUAACUCUUCUCUAGAUACAAGCGUUGCAACUAUCAUGAGGCAAAUGACGGUCCUAUGGGGACUCUAUGUCCUUCGUACAUAUGGAGAUCAGGGAUUCCUAGAAGGAUACAUUUCUCCACAACAAUUGAAAGGCAUUGAAAAAGCAUACCUCAAGCUUUGCAAAGACCUGAGAAAAGACGUGGUUGGUCUUACUGAUGCCUUUGGUUUACCUGAUUUUGUCUUGAAAGCUCCUAUUGCUCGCUAUGAUGGCGAUAUUUAUCAGAACUAUUUUGAUACCAUCUUACAGGCACCUAAUAGCACAGGUGUGCCUUCUUACCAUGGAAAGUAUAUCCGACCAUUAACUGAAAAGUUUAGUCAAAUACCACUCGAGGAAACUUGUAACAAAACACAAUAA